AAGCCCAUCACAGCGCUAUACUUGGAAUGCCCGAAACAGAACAGCGCUACGGCUCACCGGUUCUCGGCCCGCUGACAUAUAUGCUUCCCGCAUCUCCUAUAUCAGAGUGAUUAUAGAUAAGUCGCAGAGCACCACCAUCGAGUCUCUGGUGGAUCCAGCCUCCCGGUACACAAGCCAACUCGCGCUUCUGCUAUCCCUCUUCCUUCUGUUCUGAGCGAGAAAAUGGCAGAUCCUACAGCCAAAGCGACUGUCUGGUCAGAAACACCCACCAGACGCUAUCUCACCACCCCCGCAAGCUUUAUCAAAGUCGCAAUACCUCCUUCCAAUAUGGACGAAUGGAACAAGGCGCCCCUGAACGAGGCGCGCCUUUUGAACGAGCGUGCUGCUCUCGACUUCAUUUCCACACAUACCACAAUUCCGGUGCCCAAGGUCCUAUCUUCUGGCAGAAACAAGGAUGGCCAAGUGUAUCUUGAGACAGAGUGGAUUGACGGCACUUCAUGCGACAAUGCCGAAAACCAGUGCCGGAUGCCAGCAGGCCAGAAGCAUAACGAUGGGGGAAUAUGCUAUACUUGCGGGGAAAUAGCAAUGAGCAAUGUCGCACGGUUCAUUGAGAACCAGGUGCUGCCUCAGCUUAAUUCCCUUCGCUCGACUACGGCGGGGUUUCAGGGCAACAUUAUACCGCCGCCAUUGGUCCUAGAGGACGACAAGAGACUGGAGUGGGUAUCAAAGGGGACGGAGAAGAGGGAUCGUGUCUUCUGUCACGGCGACCUAAUCUACCACAACGUUUUGGUUCACCGGAAGACUCUGCAACCUGUCGCACUUAUCGAUUAGGAGCAUGCUAGUUACUUCGUUCCUGAGCUUCAGAUGUGGUUUAGAUCACGAAAAGAGUACAAUAACCUGUACAACAACAAGGAGCAAAUGCGCAAGAUAACGGCCCUUGUUAAGGCCUAGCGGUAUUUAGCUGCAAUGUGAACCACAUGAGUUCUUGAA